AUGGUGUGUAGCGACCAGCCGGCGGGAUCAUUAGCGAGGGUCGAUGACCGCGUGGGCGCUCUUCAUCAAUAUGCACAACGUACAGGGUAUGAACGACAACUAGUCUUCGAGAGUUCUAGAUGUGAACUGGAUAAAUCAGAUUCAUUCUGUCAGAGAGAUGAGGUAAGGAUGAUAAGAAGAGCGGAUCGUUUGAUAGCUACCUCUAGUGAGGUCGUGUGUGUGACACGUUCAGCUACUGACUACUGA